UAUGCGUUGAUAUGCGCAGAGCGAAUACUGCGAUUUUACGCGAACGGCAUAUUAUGCCUACCGUAGACGAUUUCUUGCCAAGAUUUAUCUGCGAAAAUUUUCAGUCGUCUGGACAUUAAGGAGGCCUUCCAUCAGGUGGAGCUAGAAGAAGGUAGCAGAUAUAUGACAACAUUCAUCACACACAUGGGUUUAUUUCGAUAUACACGUUUAAUGUAUGACGUUGCUAUUGCGCCUGAAAUAUUCCAACGAAUCAUGAAACAGCUACUUAGCCCCUGCAGUAAGAAUGCAGUGAAUUUCAUUGCUGACAUUCUAAUUUUCGGCUCUUCUGAGGAAGAGCACGAUGCAGCACUGGAAAAGGUGCUGCGAAUUAUAAGCGAAAAAGGUAUUCUAUUAAACCAAGCGAAAUGUGUGUUCAAAGUAUCGGAGCUGGAGUUCUUGGGACAUAUAAUUUCUUCCAGAGGAGUGCAACUUUCAAAAAGUAAGGUUGAAGCCUUUUCGUGCCCCCUCCACAUCAGAGGAAGUCCGUAGCUUUUAAGGCCUCGUUACAUACGUCGGUAGAUUUCUUCCCAACGUCGUUACCAUCUCCACUCCGCUUCGUGAGCUUACCCAUUCAGGCGUCAAGUUUUCCUGGGGCAAAGAACAGCAAGAAGCGUUUGUGGAAUUGAAACGACUGAUAUCAAACGUUCGACAUCUUUGGUUUUUCGACAACACACUCCGGACAAGAGUGAUAGCUGAUGCUUCUCCUGUUUCCUUAGGAGCUGUUUUAAUCCAAUUCGAAGGUCUAACUGAUGACAAACCACGCCCAAUAUCGUAUGCUAGUAAAAGCUUGACUCAAACAGAACGUCGCUACUGCCAGACAGAGAAGGAGGCGCUAGCUUUAGUCUGGGCCGUGGAGAGGUUUUCGAUUUAUCUCAUCGGGCGCAUGUUUGAACUGGAGACCGACCACAAACCUCUCGAAGCUAUCUUCCAGCCCAAAUCCAAGCCUUGCUCUAGAAUCGAGGGAUGGGUAUUGCGCCUUCAGUCCUUCUCAUUCAUCGUAAAAUACCGUAAGGGAACAGGUUAUAUCGCGGACUCUCUUUCUCGUCUGGUCGACAACUCACCGCCGGAAGAGUUUGAUGCUGAAAGUACGUUUAUGGUACUUGCUAUAAUAAAGUCAGCAGCCAUCGACGUUACGGACGUAGAAAAAGUAGUGGAAUCGGAUAGUGUUCUGAAAGUAGUUAAAGAAUGCUUGCAAACUGGACAAUGGGACCAUCCACAUGCUAAGCCGUUUCUACCGUUCAAAAAUGAAUUGGGCUGUGUAGGCGAAUUACUUGUACGCGGAGAUAAGUUAGUUGUGCCGACUAGUUUGAGAUCCCGAAUGAUUGACCUGGCUAAUGAAGCACAUCCAGGGGAGUCCGUAAUGAAGCGACGGCUUAGGGAAAGAGCAUGGUGGCCUGGAAUGGACAAAGAUAUCACACAAUGCGUAGCGUUAUGUGAGGAAUGCCGUUUAGAAGGACUACCUAACAAACCCGAACCAAUGCAUCGUCGUUCAAUACCAUUGAAACCUUGGAUCGAUAUAGCUAUCGACUUUCUCGGUCCGAUGCCAUGUGCCAGUUACCUGCUUGUAGUGAUAGAUUAUUAUAGUCGGUACAAGAAAGUAGAGAUUAUGCAUAAAAUCACAGCAAAAGAGACGGUCAGUCGACUAGAUAGAAUUUUCACAAGACUGGGUUUUCAACGGACAAUAACUUUAAACAAUGCUAAGCAAUUUGUUGGAGUUGAGCUUGAUAGUUAUUGCAGAACACACGGGAUACACCUGAACCAUUCGACGCCCUAUUGGCCACAAGAAAAUUGCCUUGUAGAGAGACAGAAUCGAUCCUUACUCAAGAGACUUCAAAUUAGCAACUCCCUAGGCAGAGAUUGGCAGCAAGACCUUCGCGAUUAUCUUAUAAUGUAUUAUACCACGCCACACUCCACAACAGGUAAAACACCAACCGAGUUACUCUAUGGACGUACGAUUCGAUCGAAAAUUCCAGCCCUUGAAGAUAUUGAAACCAUUCCGACCAGCACGGAUUUUCGUGAUAAAGAUCAAAUUGCGAAAGAAAACGGAAAAAAAAACUAAGGAUUUACGGCGUAGAGCCAGACGCUCUUCGAUUAAACAGGGAGAUAGGGUUCUUAUGCAAUAUCAGAUUUCAGGUAAUAAACUCACGACUACGUAUAAUCCUAAGAAAUACUCAGUGGUUACACGAACUGGCCCCCGUAUUACUGUAGAAGAUCCAGAUAGCGGAAAGUGCUACGACAGAAAUGUUGCUCAUCUUAAGAAAGCUCUCGAACCGAUUGAGAAUGUACACACGAACGAUGUGAAUAAUAAUAACCAUCAUCUGAAGAAGAAUUCCACAGCUAUGAUGAAGGAAACGAUCUUCCGAAAAGCUUAUCCGGUCGCCGACAAAGGAUAACGAAGAAACCAGAAAAAUAUAAUGAUUUUGUUAUGUAACUUAAUUUAAAAGAAGGGAAGAUGUGGUUCCCAGCUACGGCUCUGAUAGAAAUACAUUAAAUAUACCUAAGUACUGCCCUGGGUGAGGAGUGUUGACGAGAGAUAUAGGAUAAAGAGAAUAAACGAGAGUGGAAAAGGUUGUUAAGU